UACAAGAGCGGUGGUAUCGUCCACUCUCCCGGAAACACCGACGACAAACACUCCGCGGUGCAGCAGAAGCCGGUUGACUAGAUCUAUCUGUGAGAGUGUUACUGAAAAAACGAACAAUCCCUGCAGUCUAACAGACAUCAGUACAGCAUCAGAAACGCUGGACAAGCUUAAUCUCUUAGAUUUGAAUGGACAAGGCAGCCGGAAGAACACAGCCCAGCUAGUGAAGCCCGUUAAAGGUUCAGUGAUGCCUGUGAAGAAGAAGAGGAAGCUCCCUGACGCAGAUGAUCAUGAGCGCAGGUGUAAAAUUACAAGUUUCACCCGACCUCAGAUCCGUGGUGCGAGACCGAUCAACGCUGAGAAGCCGUUCUCCAGUAAAAAGUGCCUGGGCUGGUUCCACGAGUACGCCGGCCCCAACGAGGUGGUCGGUCCAGAGGCUAUGGAGAAGUUCUGUAAAGAUAUUGGUGUGGAACCAGAGAAUAUUAUCAUGUUAGUUUUAGCCUGGCACCUAGAAGCAGCAAAUAUGGGUUUCUUCACAAAAGAAGAGUGGCUCAGGGGAAUGACGUUAUUACAGUGUGACUGCACACAAAGGUUACAGAGCAAACUGGAUUACCUGCGCAGUGAACUCAAUGACUCUGUAGUCUUCAAAAACAUCUACAGAUACGCCUUUGACUUCGCCAGGGAUAAGGACCAGAGGAGUUUGGACAUGGAUACUGCUAAAUCCAUGCUGGCCUUGCUGCUGGGGAGAGCAUGGCCUCUCUUCCCAGUCUUCCACCAGUUCCUGGAGCAGUCCAAGUACAAGGGGAUGAAUAAGGACCAGUGGUACAAUGUUCUGGAGUUCAGCAGGACCAUCAACACAGACCUCAGUAACUACGAUGAGGACGGAGCUUGGCCAGUGCUGCUAGACGAGUUUGUGGAAUGGCAGAAAUCUUGGCCGGCGUUGUAGCAGCAGACGACGACGACGACGACGUCACAACCCCAAAGAGGAGAAAGAGGGAGAGAAAACAAAAAACCACAAACACAGGAGGAAUUUCUAUAUCGUUUAAGAAAAAAAGGAAAAACUGCUCACCAACACUUUGACAGACUGCAACAGUUCACACACACACACACACACACACACACA